CUCCCCCAUUGGUUAUUGGCUGAUUUGUCACCAAGAUGGGAAGAUACGGUUUAAUUAAGAGUCUUUGUUUCAGAAGGAUUGAUGUUUGGAAAGGGUUUAAUUGUUUCCUUGUAGGGGAUCGGGGAUAUUUUGGGGGGGAUGGCAUGCAAGCUCCAAGAAAAGAGAGUGUGAAAAGCUGGUUUUUACUACCCUCUCGCCCACCCAACCCCCCACACACACACAGGGCGCAGGGAUGUAUAAGGAAGUGAGGUCAUAGCCUAGGGAAGGGUUUUGUGUGUGUGUGUGUGUGUGCGUGCUUAUCCGUGUAAGUGUUUGAGAGAGUUAGAGAAAGGAGGGAGAAAGAAAUAGGGAAGGGUAGCCUUUGCCUGUGUUCAUUCUGCUUGUCUCUAUUUGGUCCCGGCUCAUGGUUUGUGUAACACUCCAGUUCAUCUGGGCACAAUUUAGCCAUAGGGUGUUGUAGACUACUGCCUCUGCUGCAGCAGCCUCUCCCUGCCCUUUUCCUUCUUCCCCCCUUCCUCUUUCCUAUGGAGGAGAGGUUGCAUCCGCUUAAGAGGGGGAAAGCCCGUUAUUACCUUCCCUUGAAAAAACAAACCUUAACUUCAUUGGGAUAGGGGGCAGCAUUGGGAAGUUUGAAUAUAAUUAGUAGAUUUGGAUAGAAAACACUCUAACGUUUCUAAAACUGCUACAAUAAUGUAUGUGAGUAUAACAGAACUCAUAUGGCAGACAAAAACCUGAGAAAAAUCCAACCAGGAAAUGGGAAAUCUGAGGUUUGUAGUUUUUUAAAGUGAUUGCCUAUCCAAUAUCCUGUGUCUAUGGGGUCAGAUUGCACUUCAUAAGGCUUCCAGUACAUGUCAACAGUCUUUGGAAGUUGUUUCAGGCUUCUAUUGUGAAAGGGGAGAGAAUAAGAGCUGUUUCAAGAAGUGGUCAGGCUGAAAUGGAAUGCCAUCCAGUGAAGAUCAAAGACUGUGCUCUGGCAGAGCAGGAGAAGUUGUUUGUGCAGAAGCUGCGCCAGUGUUGCGUGCUCUUUGACUUCCUGUCGGACCCACUAAGUGACCUGAAAUGGAAGGAGGUGAAGCGUGCGGCGCUGAGCGAGAUGGUCGAGUACAUCACCCACAACAGGAACGUCAUCACAGAGCCCGUCUACCCAGAGGUGGUGCACAUGUUUACGGUGAACAUGUUCCGAACGUUGCCUCCUUCAUCCAACCCCACAGGAGCAGAGUUUGACCCGGAGGAGGACGAGCCUACACUUGAGGCUGCUUGGCCACAUCUCCAGCUCGUCUACGAAUUUUUCCUUCGGUUUUUAGAAUCUCCUGACUUUCAACCGAACAUAGCAAAGAAGUACAUCGACCAAAAAUUUGUGAUGCAGCUUUUAGACCUGUUUGACAGUGAGGACCCACGGGAGAGGGACUUCCUCAAAACCACUCUCCACAGGAUCUAUGGGAAAUUCCUGGGACUACGGGCCUACAUCAGAAAACACAUCAAUAAUAUAUUUUAUAGGUUUAUCUAUGAGACUGAGCACCAUAAUGGAAUAGCAGAAUUACUGGAGAUACUCGGAAGUAUAAUCAAUGGGUUUGCCUUACCACUAAAGGAGGAGCACAAGAUUUUCCUGUUAAAGGUCCUGUUGCCUUUGCACAAAGUCAAAUCACUUAGUGUCUACCAUCCACAGCUGGCAUACUGUGUUGUGCAAUUUCUAGAGAAGGACAGCACUCUCACUGAACCAGUGGUAAUGGCCCUUCUCAAAUACUGGCCAAAGACUCACAGCCCCAAAGAGGUGAUGUUCCUCAAUGAGCUGGAGGAGAUUCUCGAUGUCAUUGAGCCGUCUGAGUUCGUCAAGGUCAUGGAGCCACUCUUCAGGCAGCUGGCAAAGUGUGUGUCCAGCCCGCACUUCCAGGUAGCAGAGAGAGCUCUGUACUACUGGAACAAUGAGUACAUCAUGAGUCUAAUCAGCGACAAUGCAGCCAAAAUCCUGCCCAUCAUGUUCCCGGCACUCUACCGUAACUCCAAGACCCACUGGAACAAGACCAUCCAUGGCCUCAUCUACAACGCUCUCAAGCUCUUCAUGGAAAUGAACCAGAAGCUGUUUGAUGACUGCACACAGCAGUUCAGAGCAGAGAAAAAUAAAGAAAAGGCCAAGUCAAAAGAGAGGGAAGAGGCCUGGCUCAAGAUUGAGAACCUUGCCAAAUCACAUUGUGCUAAUGUGGAUCUUGGAUCAGAGUCCUAGUGAAAGUUCACAGGUUAAAAAAGACAGUAACGGAAGAAUUCACUCAGUUACAACAGACAGACCAGAGAAAAGACCGUCCUCUGGUGCAGCGCGAGUCGGAUCUCCCUCAGGACAUCUACACCACAAAAGCCUUGGAGACCCAUCGCCGCGCUGAUGACAUGAUCACCACCCACAAUAGGCUCUAGGUCUGCCCCUCCUCUCUCUUCUCUUCUGUCCAGUCCCCUAAAGGAGUACCGUCGCCUCUCCACACCCCACCUCCCAACCCACACAGCACAUUCAGAAUACUGGCCCGGUUUCCCUAUCUCGCCAGUACACUGCCCCAACUCACUCGGAUUUCUGCUUUCUCUGGUGUUUAUUUUGGGGGGAGGGGUGGGGCCGCAACUCUUUUAGCUGUCGGUCCUGCGGAGUCAUUGUUUUCCUUAUUGUUUCCGCUGAAUUGUGCAUAAAACAGUAUAUCGGCUCAUCCCUCCCUGCUCUUAUUGUAUGAAUGAAAAUGGGGACGUUUCGUUCCACCUGCGACAUGACAAGCUCAUGUGAAAUGCACAACAAACGUAGAGAGCAGAAACUGAAUGAGGGAGACUUCUUUUCUUCUUCUGUCAAGGGGAAACAACCAAAAACAGAUGGUUAGAUGGAGGGGUAGGACUGUUGGAUCGACUUUCCGGACUUUAUUUUUAUCCCAGGGACAUCUGCCAGUGCCAAGACCAUUUGUGUACUUUUUUUUGUUUCUGCCCUCUGUCAAGGGCGACUAGCUAGGUAGAGCCUGUGUUUGCCUUCAUUUUUUUGGCCUCGGAUGUUUUGACAAUUGUUUUUAAUAAGCUGAAGAGCAACAGGGCUGUCUAAAGUGACUGAUCCAUCUGUUCUGAUGAAGUCACAUUGUGACGGGGAUUGAGAGGGAGGAAGGGAUGUUCUCUGUGGACACUAGACUCUUUACACUCUACAUUUUGUGCCAUAUAAAAGUUUUAUUUGGUCUUAUUUCCUUUUUCAGAUGGGUAUCUGAAUUCCAUCUGCAAUAUGUGAGCUGGAAAUUUCACAGUGUAAUUAUUGACAGAAAUAUUGACAGUUCAAACAAUGGUUUAUUUCAUAUAGAGAAACACAUUGGGUGGUUGUUAGUUUCCACCCUGUUUGUCAUACUCAAAAGCCCCUCUUAGAUAUUUCAACAUCUGUAGCCAGUUUUUACUGGAAUCACAUUAUGACACCUUACCUGGGGGUAUCACAUAAUGAGUAGUUAUUUGGGAUGCAAGAUGAUUUGUAGAUCAGUGUUUCUGCACAGCCUGACUGCAAUCUAGUCCAUCUUAAAUGCAUACCCCACUGGGCACACACUGGUUGAAUCAAUGUUUCCAUGUAAUUUCAAUGAAAUUAAGUUGAACCAAUGUGGAAUAGACAUGUAGUUGAUGAUCCAGGCUUCAGCAGUCCUGGAGCUACUUGCUACUCAAGCAUUGACCUCCAUCAGUUUCAGAGGUACCCAUGAUAUCACAUGUCGUGUUCAUCUCAUACCCCCCCAGCAUGCUCACUAUUCCCCGUUGUUUUUUACAUUUUUACCACCACCCUUAUCCAGAUGUGCUUCUCUGUGGAGCUGAAUGGACUGUUACUAAGCAAAGAACAAAUUAUUCACUUCCAUAAGACAUCCUUUUCGAAGACAUCGGAGUGCCUUUUAUCAUGAGAGAUAUGAAAUAAUUUUUGGCCCCAAUGAGGAGAAUAGCAACACUGUUUGGAUGGGAAAACCAUUUCAUGUGACGGUUAAAUGGGCACGUGUCCAUUGCCAAUAAUAUAUACUGAUUCACAGGCACAUUCACAGAGAUAGUAGAGACCGAGCGGUGAUUCCAGACCUGAAUAACUCUUGGAAGUAGAUGAAUCGUGUAGUUGUUAAGAAAAAGCAUAUUGAACUACCUGAAGAGCACUUCCUGAAAACUUGAAAGAUGUGACAUGUUUGUGUAUAUUCAAAUGAAGCUCUGUAUCCCGUUGAGUAUAUAUGUACAGUCUAUUCUGCUUUCUCAAGUCAGGAAGCUGUCAAAUCCAGGAGUGUUUUGGACAUUAACAUUUACAAGUGGGUCAUCUCUUGAACCAUUGUUUGAACUUCCAAAUCUAGCAUGGGUAUACAAUCUGUAAUGUGUUUUGUGUUGUCCCUGGUAACUUAUAGCCUGGAUGCUAGUUUUAGCAUUGUAGCUGCCAAUGGAAAUGGCCAAUGCUAAAACAGACAGAUCGAGGCUUGGCAACUGUAUUAUUCAUAUUUGCUUGAAUGGAAAAGGUGUACAUUUAUACAACCAAUGUUAAACAUGUAUUUUUUCCCCCUGGAAGAAUGGCACUCACCAAAACAAUUUCUAUCCUAAAAUAAUAUAUUUGCUUUUUAUUUAACGGUAUUGGUUUAAGAUAUUUUAUCAGUUUGCAUUUUGUUUUUGUUCUAACUGUUGUUUUUGUGUAGACCCAUAGAUAAAUGACUCGUAAAACAAGUUAGACGGGAAAAAAAUAUGUUGGUGACUGUUUUUCUAAAUUCUUUGCAGGAUUUUAGUUGAACAUGUACUUUACAAAAUAUAAUAACUUGACAAGUGUCCUUUUGUAUGUGACCUGUACUAUAUGGCUUCAUUUAAUAUUAUGUACAUAUGAUUUACUUUGUUUUAUGUAGUGUUAUAGAUCUUAGAUUUUGUACAAAAUGGUCCUCUGUACAGAAUAAAACAUCUGCCUGUUCAGGGGCAGAAUGACA